GAGCCCAGCACGAGCAUGAGGCUUUAUUAUGUGCUUUAACAACCAGUGAAACAAAGCGACUGGGAUCAUUCUUUUGUUUUUGCCUUGAGAGAAGAGCAGAUCCAAAAAAGAUGAGGGGAUGAAAGGUGGCGAGGUUGUGGACAAAGAGGAAAAAGAUGAGUCUGUCAUGUAGAAAAGAUCCUUACGGCUUCUCCUUGUAGAGACGAGAGAGCCGUGGGAGACGACGGCUGUAGGGGGAUCUGUAGUGUUUAUAAAGGGGCCCGAACCAGGCCGGCGCUCGUGGAAGGUGAUACAAUGGCUAACCAGAGCUUUGCCAUCGAUGGCCCGGGCAGUCUGCUGGCUGUGCUGGCUUCACAGAGUGGGAUGGCGAGAGGAGGCAGCAGCAGCGGCGGCGGCAGCGGCAGCAACAGUGGAGGAAUCUCUGCCACAGAUGUGUCUGCCUACUUUAAGCUGGUCUUCUUGGGUUUGAUCAUCUGUGUCAGCCUUGUGGGCAACCUCUUGGUCUCCCUGCUCGUCCUGCGAGACAGGACACUUCACAAGGCUCCCUACUUCUUUCUCCUGGACCUGUGCCUGGCCGAUGCAGUCCGCUCCGCCGCCUGCUUCCCCUUCGUGUUGGUUUCCGUCCACAACAGCUCGGCCUGGACUUACAGCGCCUUGAGUUGUAAAGUCGUGGCUUUCAUGGCUGUGCUGUUUUGUUUUCACGCUGCCUUCAUGCUGUUUUGUGUCGCUGUCACCCGCUACCUUGCCAUCGCCCACCACCGAUUCUACGCCAAGCGCAUGACCAUCUGGACCUGCGCCGCCAUCAUUUGCAUGGUGUGGACUCUGGCCGUUGCCAUGGCAUUCCCACCUGUCUUUGAUGUGGGGACGUACAAGUUCAUCCGUGACGAGGAUCAGUGCAUUUUUGAACACCGCUACCUGAAGACCAAUGACACCCUGGGCUUCAUGCUCAUGCUGGCCGUGGUGGUGCUGGCCACCCACGGCUUCUACGCCAAGCUGCUGCUGUUUGAGUACCGGCACCGCAAGAUGAAACCGGUCCAGCUCGUGCCGGCUAUCAGCCAGAACUGGACCUUCCACGGUCCUGGGGCCACGGGGCAAGCUGCGGCUAACUGGAUUGCAGGGUUCGGUCGUGGCCCCAUGCCACCCACUCUGUUGGGCAUCAGGCAAAACUUACACAAUCAACACCGGCGGCUGCUCGGGAUGGAGGAGGUGAGGUCGGAGAGGAGGCUGGGCAGGAUGUUCUACACCAUCACCCUGCUCUUCCUGGUCCUCUGGGCGCCUUACAUCGUGGCGUGCUUCUGGAGGGUGUUCGUCAGGUCCUGCACCAUCCCUCACAGGUACCUCUCCAUCACCGUGUGGAUGAGCUUCGCCCAAGCCGGAGUCAACCCCAUCUUCUGUCUCCUGCUCAACGAGGACCUGAGGAAAGUGCUGAGAGCUCACCUGCCCACCUACUGGAGGACUAAACAACACCUUCCCCAGGAUGAGGCCUACUGCAUUAUGUGAUCAGACAACGAAGAGAAUGUUUCAGGUUUUAAAGGGAGAUUUGAAGUGAUGUAACGCACCUUGGCUAAGUGUCUGUUUUGCACAACAAAAUCCAAUUUUUGCCAACAAAUGCAGGCGCAGUGCCAUUUUAUUGAGAAUGUUGAUGUUUGAAUAAAUGUGUCAGGUGCAAACGUUUGAACAGGGCAAUUAAAAAGAAAAGCCCUGCUAACACUUAUAUAGUUUCUGAUGAUGUACUGUAUGAUUAACAAGUAGGAAAGAUCACAACUAUCACCGCUCCAACUAAGUGUGACAGAUGCCAUUUUAAAAUAACGUUGCCUUAUUUCAGUGGGACACGCCCCAGAGCUUUCAACUGAGAAUGAGUUAGUGUGUCACACGAGGCACAAAUCAGACACACGGAGGGUUGAAAACCUUGAAUAAAUGAGCUGCGGACUUUGAAUAGAAAGUGUUGAUCAGAGCGUUACUAACUCUGAAACACAUCAAGGAACUCAAAGGGUCUGAAUGGAUUAAUAGACCACCCCGGACGCCUUUUCAUGUAAUUCAAAGAAGACUGCAGAAUAUCGAAUGGACCCAAUAACCUUGGAUACAUUUAAAUAGCUGUUGUGAACCCGAGAAGCCCCUAACAUGCUUGAUUUUUUGGACUUGAUUUAGGGCGUGUCAGGUUUCUUUGUAUCAUAAAAAAAAUUGCCUGUUUUUCCUUUUAUUUGUAAACUAUACAUGUUAAGCAGAUGACACUAUUUUGAAAUAUGACUUGAUUUCAUAAUGUACAGACUGUACAGGAAUGUAUAUUCCUGCUUGUGUGUUUUUAUAUAGCAUUUGUGUGUAUGUGUGUGUGAGCGAGCAGGGAGGGAGAAAGAUGAGAGGAAUAUAAUGAUAGAAUAGGUUCCAGUAAUAUUGAGUCAAUAUGAAAGCAGCCUCAUCUUGGUGUCUCAAAAACAUGCAAAAUUGAACAAUAUUCAUAUGGAAAUGUAUCCUUUAAAUGGAUUUCCGUAAAAUGUAUUCAGAUUUUUUCAAUGUACAAGCAAAUGUGAAGUACAGAUGGAUUAUGGAAGAAAAAGAAAGGGGACCGAAUAAUUAGAAAACAACACUUGUGCAUUGCAAACAGGCCGGAGGAUUUAAUGACUUGAAUGAUGAUGUAAAUUACGUCUUAAAAAAAAAAAAAAAACAUUAGCGAAUGAACAUUUAUUUGCAAAUGAUGAUCUUGGGAAUGUUUUUAAAGUACUGUUAUGCUCUCACCAGAAUACAAAAAAAAGAAGAAAUGAAGUGGCACUUAAUGGGAAGGAAACUUGAAUGUUACCAGGCCCUCUUAUUACCCCCCCAACAUAAAUGUCACCAUUUAAGGGUCCUGGAUUACAGUGAGUUCAAAAUCUAAUCGUCUUCAGGCUGGAUACGACCACAGGGAUGUUUGUUGUGUGGAAACCGGCUCAGACUACAUGAAGUUGUCUCCAAAUUAAGAUUCAUGUAAUACAAAUGUCAGACCUACAGUAUGUUAAGCAUAGAUAUAUUUGUGCAGUCAAUUUUCUAAAUGUGGACAUUUGCACUGCAUACUGUAUUAGCAUGCAUUCCACUGCAUUUCAUAGAUUCAAGACCGGGGAUUACAACUUGUACAGAUGUUGAUUAUGGGAAAACAAAGUGAAACGGGAACUGAGGUUCAUACUUUUUACGUCUGGCAUUCCUUCGCAAGAUGAUAUUCUGUAACUGUACAGUUUAACUGAGGUGGUUCUUUUGCCCACUCAUCAAUAAAGACUCUACUUUUGAUGCA